CUUUUCCCUCCAAUUUAUUCAUCCUUCCAUUUUAUGAUCUUUUUCUAUCUUACUUUUGACACUACUUAUUUAUCUCUCUUGCGCCUAUUUCCUUUAUGUUCUCUCUUUCUAUUUCACGGCAUUUCAACUCCUUGUCUGUCUCUCUUGAUCUUUCCUGUUCUGUCGAAUCGAACUAGCCUCCCUUCCUGCGAAUUUACGUGGAUAUUUCUACUUGUGAACGGUUCCAAUCUUCAGGAUGCAGGCCAUUAAAUGUGUUGUCGUAGGUGACGGAGCAGUAGGUAAAACAUGCCUCCUCAUAAGCUACACUACCAAUGCUUUUCCUGGGGAAUAUAUCCCAACUGUAUUUGACAAUUAUUCUGCAAAUGUUAUGGUGGAUGGUAAACCAAUAAAUCUUGGUUUAUGGGAUACUGCGGGUCAAGAAGAUUAUGACAGAUUAAGACCACUAUCUUACCCUCAGACAGAUGUAUUUCUGAUCUGCUUUUCUCUUGUUAACCCGGCCAGCUUUGAAAAUGUCCGUGCUAAAUGGUAUCCAGAGGUGCGUCAUCAUUGUCCAGCUACUCCGAUUAUUUUAGUAGGGACUAAAUUAGAUUUGCGUGAAGACAAGGAAACAAUUGAACGAUUAAAAGAUAAAAAACUGGCACCUAUUACAUAUCCUCAGGGUUUGUCUAUGGCAAAAGAGAUUGGUGCUGUGAAAUAUCUAGAAUGUUCAGCUCUAACUCAAAAAGGGUUAAAAACAGUAUUUGAUGAAGCAAUUCGUGCAGUAUUGUGUCCUGUUCUUCAAGUGAAACCAAAACGCAGAUGUUUCCUUCUAUAAUAUUAAAUGUCCAACGACGGUGGAGCAUGUGCAAAUGUACUACCCCUCCUCCGAUCGGACUUGAUUGCAGCAGGACAUCUAACUUUGAUUAAAAACCCCAUUGUACGGUCCAUCUCUCUACAAGCAUCUGCCAUAAAAGCGCACAAAUCAAUUUGUAUAAUGCGUAUGGAAAGAUAAAAGAGAAAAUAUACGCAAUUUAAGUGUUUUGGACAUUAGCUGAAUGUUCUAAUGAGAGGAAGGAAGCCAAAUGAAAGCUGAACUGAUAAUGUACAGUAUAUUAAAGUGUGUUAUUAAUAU